AAAGGACAUGGAGUGGUAGACAAAAUCUCUGAAGAUAAAAAUAUGAUUUAGGGCAGAAUCUCUGAAGAUAAAAUCAUUCACAUUUGUGUGAAUUUCGUUUAAUCCUUAUCCUUUUUUUUCCAAAUUAUAAGAUAAGAUUAUUAAUCUCUUAGGAAAAAUAAAAUCUUAAAUACGGUCGUCUCAAUUGCUCUUACCUUUACCAAGACGGCCAAAAGAAAAGAUGUCGACCGAUAUUUCACCCUACUCUCAAACUCACGUGGAGCCCGUUAAUGGUUAUCCUUCAGACAACAAGAGACGCGACGAUUCCUCUGCUCCUGCCAAAUAUGAUGAUCUUGUCCGUAACUCUGCUCUCUUCUGGGAUAAGCUCCGAGCUGUUCUCGGACUAACCAGCCAAACUCUGAAGGUUCCUACUGUGGGAGGGAACACUCUUGAUCUGCAUCGGCUUUUCAUUGAGGUUACGUCUCGAGGUGGUAUCGAAAGGGUGGUUAAGGAUCGGAAAUGGAAAGAUGUGAUUGGUGCAUUCAGUUUUCCGACAACGAUAACAAGUGCAUCGUUUGUCUUGAGGAAGUAUUAUCUCAAGUUUCUUUUUCAGCUGGAACAUGUGUAUUACCUUGAAAAACCAGUGUCUUCGAUCCAAUCAACAGAUGAAGCAAUGAAGAGCCUUGCCAAUGAAUCUCCAAAUCCUGAGGAAGGUAUUGAUGAACCACAAGUUGGGUAUGAGGUUCAAGGAUUCAUUGACGGGAAGUUUGACAACGGCUAUCUGGUGACGAUGAAAUUGGGUUCUCAAGAGCUGAAAGGUGUGAUUUACCACAUUCCUCAAACGCCAAGUCAGUCCCAACAAACCAUGGAAACAGCUUCAGCCACUGUACCAUCAUCACAACGCCGACAUAGGAAGAAAUCAAAGUUGGCUGUCGUCGAUAAUCAGAAGCCCAAAUGCCACAGGAGUGGCUACAACUUCUUCUUUGCUGAGCAGUACGCUAGGCUUAAACCUGAGUACCAUGGGCAAGAACGAAGCAUCACCAAGAAAAUAGGACACAUGUGGAGCAAUCUCACUGAAUCUGAGAAACAGGUUUAUCAAGACAAAGGAGUUAAGGAUGUGGAGAGAUACAGAAUUGAGAUGUUGGAAUAUAAGUCUUCACAUGAGUCAGGAGCUACUGCUUCUACAGUGGCUCAGUAGCUUUUCUCCCUUUUGUUGUCUUAUGUGUUUGUUGUAACAUUGUCUUUUUCUCUAUAGAACUUGUUUAAAAUUUUCUUUGAGUUGCAGAAUUUGCCAUGUUUAUUAUGGCUUUAGAGCUAGUGAGGAGGUUACUAACUGCGAACUAGUGUCUCUUUUUUUUCUUUCUUUUAGUAGUGCCAUUUUGUAGUGUUACAUGCAUCGCCAUAUAUCCAGAUCUUUCUUCAAAAA